AUGGACUCGAACGGGACGGAAACGGUUGGAGAGUCUCUGCAGCAACAGUUUGACCAUUGGUACACCUUUCUCGUGGAGGACCUAAGCGACAAACGUACCGCUCACCUUCCGUUCCUGCACAGUCCACUAUGGCCACUAGCAGUGCUUGCCGUCUACUUUCUGCUCGUGUUCUACUGGAUACCGAAUUAUAUGCGCGAUCGCAAACCGUACGAUCUGCGCAAACUAAUGCUGGCGUACAACGUGUUCCAAGUGGUGGUGUGUUACUGUCUGAUCCGGCAGCUCGUACGUCACGGGUGGACAUUCCGCUAUCUGUACACGUGCGAGCUGGCCGACUAUUCGACCAGUCGGGACGCGAUCGGGUUCCUGCAUGCCGCCUACCUUAACUACUGCGUCAAAACGGCCGAGCUGGUGGAGACGGUUCUGUUUGCGCUGCGCAAGAAGCGUAGCCAGAUUUCGUUCCUGCACGUCUAUCACCACGUGUUCACCUAUCUGUUGGCCUGGAUCUUCGCCAAAUACGUUGGAGGAAGCAUGCUAACGUACACAAUCAUCGUUAACUCGCUGGUGCACAUGUGCAUGUACUCGUACUAUCUGCUGGCGGUCAUCCCGAACUAUGUGCCCUUUUCCUUGCACAAACUGAAGCGAUACAUUACCGCACUGCAGAUUAUACAGCUGGUGAGCAUCCUGGUGAACAUCAUGUUCGCCAUGCGCAGUAGUUGCGCUAUCCCGCGAACCCACAUCCUACUCUACGCACCCUACAUGGUUGUGCUCAUAUCGAUGUUUAUCAACUUCUACAUGAAGACGUACAGUGGCAUCACCAAGGCGCUCAACGUCUGCUACACCGAUGGUGGAGUCGUCGUUAAGAAGGUGAAAUAGUG